UCUUCUUCCCAUUCUCCUCUUCAGCUGGACAAAUCCCUAGUUUCAUUUCUCUCGUCAGCUGCGAUUCAGCUCCCCUCACUGCCAGCCGCUACUCCGUUCUUCUAGACGGUCAUCUCCGUGAGCUAGCCACUUCUUAGCAUAGCCGUUUCCGCCGAGACUUUCUCUCUCCGCCGCCAACGCCCCAGCCACUGAUUCUCGCCGGAAAUCAGCUCCUCUGUUUCCCUCCGCCACUCCGCGCUGGUUCAUAAGUACCCGUGACUUAAUGAUCAGCCCUCUUAUUUUCUCAACAUGAACAACCAGUGUGGAGAAGAACAUCAGGAAGAAGCAACCGUAGCAGGAUUCGAAGUCCCCAAUUCUCCCGAUUCAAGCUACAACAACCCUUACCCUGGUACCGAAGACGAGGCAAGGGAUCCACCUGCAGUCCCACCACACCUACAACAGACCUUGCUUACCUACCCAGCAAGUGCAGAUGCAUCGGAGUCAGUCCCACCUCCACAGAAUGUUAUUCUAAACCAUCUCUACAUCGAAAAUCGGGAGCCCCCACGAUCUGUCGUGGCACUCGGGUUCACUCAUCGCUUUAGAUCAAAGUAUGUCACGGUUGUGCUGUACAAACCUGUUCAGAGGAGGGGGAGCAGCAGCUCAUAGGAUGCACAUAGAAUAAAAAAGGAGACCUUCAUUAGAAUGUGGGUUUUUAUCUCCCUCCCCCUGACUCUCCCUCAUUUGUUCAACUUGCUUCUUAUAGGGUGUGCAGAUUAGAAGGGAGAAAAGGGAUGAUAAGGUAAAGAAUCCGGAAAGGAGAAUUUUUAUUUCCUCAUGACCGAAAUGAUGAUUGAACCUCGGAUGGUUCUCUCAGCUGGGAUUGUCAGCUGCUGUCAUUAGGGCUUUAGAUAGCAUUGGAUGGUUUCUUGCCUUUCUUAUUGUGUGAAAGAAAGGCAGAAACAUACUAUGUGUGUUCAUUCAAUGAUUUGGUCCAUGUUGAUGGUACUAGCUCUCUUAUUUAGUGAUUAUAUAUCUAUGUUAUAGCAUUUGAGGAGUUAGAAACUGGUGUGUUUCUGUAACUAGAGUGUUUCUGUUUUGUGUAUUCUACCUCCAUUGCCCAUUAUAUGUGAUGAAGUUUGCCCAUAAAGUCAUUAUUCCUUCGAUAAAAGGUUUGGAUUCCCU